CUAUGCGUGGUCUUGAGCGUCAUCGUUUUCAUGCGAUUUCUCGGUAGGAUACGGGGAGUGGGAAUUGGGGCCGAUGACAUCCUGUCUUUGGCCGGUUUCGUCUUGUCGGGCAGCACCAUCGGCCUGAACGUGGCAGUAUUCACAUCCGGAGUCGGCCACGACUUUGACCAGACGUCACCUUUGUUCCCGGCGCUUGCCGGCAAUAUGGAGUUCAUCUUGAAGGUCACCUUUAUCUUCGUGCUGAUCUACAUCUGGACUCUCGCAUGCUUCAAGCUCAGCCAGUUGUGCUUCUACUACCGGGCGUUUGGGGUUUCGCUCAAGAUCUGGAUCUACACCUUCGGCGCCAUCGUCGCCGCCUGGGGCCUCAUCUUCACCUUCAUCUUCAUCUUCCUCUGCGACCCGGUCAAGCAGCAGUGGACCGUUGACCGUGUCGGCCACUGCAUGGACCAGAUCCUCGUCCUCAAGUGCGUCAUCAUGACCAACGUCCUCACUGACCUGAUGAUCAUCGUCCUGCCCAUCCGGACCAUUUGGAGCCUGCAGAUGCGCAAGACCGAGAAGUUUGCCGUCAUCUCCUGCUUUGCCAUUGGUCUCGCCUGCGUCCUCAUUGGCAUCGUUCGUUUCUGGCAGAUCUUUGUCAUCGACUUGGCGAGGAACCUUACCGGCACCUCGCUCACGACAUUCAUGCUGUGCACCAUCGAGCUCAUGCUUGCGGGCAUCUGCAUCAACAUCCCCAUGCUCCGGCCCUUCUACCUCCGCUGGAGGCAGAAGACGACCCAAUCCGGGAGUCGCACCGAGGGAACCGCCGACAUUACCGGCUCCAAGUCGAAGUACUUUGCCACCGCAACGGGGAAAAAGAGCCACAAGAGUCACAAGGACAACAACACUUGGAUUGAACUC